AUGGGGGGCAAAAUCUGCAUCUUUUGGUCUCAGGAGUUGAAGUUUGAGGUGUCCCAUAUGUCUGACCAACUUAUAUCAGGAAUUUUUAUUUCGAUGGAGCAAAGUUUAUUGGUUUCUUUUGUUUAUGCAAAAUGUCGUCAAUCUGAAUGCCAGGAGCAUUGGAAGGAUCUGGAGCUUGUCCAAAAGGAGGAGGUUCUGUGGCUAGUGGCAGGAGACUUUAAUAUUAUUUGGUCAGACGCCAAACGUAUAGGUGGGAAUCCGAGGCCUCUAUCGGCUAUGGAAGAUUUUAAUUGUUGUUUGGAUAAUUGUGGCCUUAUGGAACUUGGUGUAAAUGGUGGAAAAAUGUCCUUGUGCAAUGGACAUAAUGGGGCAACCAGAAGCUGGGCAAAGUUGGAUCGAGCACUAUCGAAUGCGAAUUUCCUUCAACGCUUUCCUACUGCACAGUUUGAGUAUGGCAAAAGGAAGUCUUCGGAUUAUAAUCCAAUGAUCAUUUGCCCAUCACCCUUUCACUUUCAAAAUAUGUGGUGCACGCACCCUUCCUUUCUGGAAUGCAUUGAGGGUGCAUGGAGGGAGGAUGCGCAUGGAACGAGGCUGAUUCGAUUAGCGGAAAAGUUGAAAAGAACAAAAGUGGCAAUUUAG